AUGCGUAUUCUCCUCGCGCUCGGCGCCAUCCUCGGCGUCCUAACAACACUCAUGUACAGCCUGGACUCGCACCUUGAGAAGUUCUACAUCUUCACUCCUUCUGAACUUCACAGUCUCAGUCAGGAAGCCAUUUCCCUCCACGGAAACGACACGGCUUCUGUCGUGUCCCACAUUGUAUCUACCCUCUCUGCAACCCACGGUCCCCACAUCAACCUGGACGAAGAAUGGAUCUUCAACAAUGCGGGUGGUGCCAUGGGCGCCAUGUACAUUAUCCACGCGUCUAUUACUGAGUAUCUGAUUGUCUUUGGAACGGCGAUUGGAACCGAGGGUCAUACGGGUCGGCAUACGGCGGAUGACUACUUUCACAUCUUGAAGGGCGAGCAGCUGGCUUACCGACCUGGAAAGGGCAUUUACGAGGCCGAGGUGUACCCUCAAGGAAGUGUGCAUCAUCUUACUAGGGGCGACGUUAAGCAGUAUAAGAUGGACAGCGGGUGCUUUGCGUUGGAGUAUGCGAGGGGAUGGAUUCCGCCUAUGCUUGGGUUUGGGUACGCCGACACGUUCUCAAGUACAUUGGACUUCCCGACACUCUGGAGGACCACUGUGGUCACUGGACGGGAGAUGAUUGGAAACUUGAUGAUGGGCAAGUUGUAA